AUGCGCUUUGAGGACUACGUUGCCUCGGACCUUGUAUGCAGUACUACAUACUCAGUGGAGAAGUGGUUUUCAAAGCACAUCAGUUCAGAUAAUGCUCCAAAGCGACCCUUAACAGCCUAUUUUCGUUUUGUAAAAGAUCAGCAACCCAUUUUUAGAAAACAAAAUCCAGAUGUAAGUGUUGUGGAGAUAGCAAAAAAAAUUGCACAUGCUUGGAAAGAGCUGCCAGUGUCAGAAAAGCAAACAUAUGAAGGAGCUGCUAAGGUAGAGAGACAAGCAUACAAAGAAGAGCUGGCCUUAUACAAAGCACAGUUAAGCCCAACUCAGGUAGUAGCUUUGAAAGAAGAAAGGAGACGAAAACUGGCAAAAAAAAAAGCAAUGAGGAAAAAGAGGGAAUUAACAGUGCUUGGAAAGCCUAAAAGACCUCGUACUAGCUUUAACAUUUUUAUGUCUGAACACUUCCAAGAAGCUAAGGGAAUUUCAGUUCAGGCAAAAAUGAAGAGUUUAUUUGAAGAAUGGCAAAAUCUAUCCAGUUCUCAAAAGCAGACAUAUCUACAGCUUGCUGAAGAUGACAAGAUUCGGUAUGAAAAUGAAAUGAAGUCAUGGGAGGAGCAAAUGGUUGAUGUUGGACGUGAAGAUCUGAUACGUUACAAAAACAGAUUAAAAAAGUCAAGAGUUGCAGCAGAGAACAAACCUGUAAAAAAGGUUGUUUCAAAAAAGAUGGUUAAAACUAUAAAGAAGGUUCAAAGAACUGAAGCUUCAUCACCAGAAGUUAUGGCAAAAUUAAAGACACACAGUUCUGAAGAAUAAAGCUGGUAAAUGUUUUAUAUUUAAUUACUUAAUUGCCAGGACUUCAUUCUGUUUGUAAGUGUUAAUGCACUUAGCACUAGCACUGAAUUUUUUUGGGGAAAAAAUAGAUGGUUUAUAUAAGAUGAGAAAAAAAUUGGGUAAGAGAUUUGAAUGAAAGUCUCUUAGAACUAUUUGAAUGAAAGUCGCUCAGAACUACAGAAAUUAUCUCUGUAAGUGUAACAUAGUCUGUAUAAACAUUAAUCAAGCUGUGAACACUUUUGAUACUGAUUGUGAUGAGAAGAACAUUUUUGAGCCCACAAUGAUGCAAACAAGUGUUUCUGUAAUUUAUAAGGUAUUUUUAUUAAAGUGUAACCAUAAUCUACACUUAUUAUCUUCUAAAUUAUGUAACUAAUUGGGAGGUGAAAUUUGAAUUGACAGCAGAGUAUGUGUUCUGUUCCCUCCCCUAGUGUUAACAAUGCGUGCAUUAGCAAGAAAUAAAUGUCUGUGUUUGUAUUUUUACUAAUUUCAGUUCUAGCCAAAACAAAUGUAAACUUCUGAAUUAUGUACAUAUUUAAUUUGCAUCCAGAUUCAUCCGUAUACUAGUCUGAACGUAUCCCACCACAUCUAUGCAUGUGUAUAAGCUGCAUAGAAUAAAAGAGUCUUGUACAAAAUA